AUGGCGGGGUGCGGCAGGCUGGCGUGUGUGUCCCUGCCACGCCACGGGCUCCACACGGCGGCCAGGCUCUGCAAGGCCCGCACGGGCGCCGAGCACCAGUGGCUGACGCGCCACCUGAAGGACCCGUUCGUGAAGGCGGCGAGGGUGGAGAGCUACCGGUGCCGCAGCGCCUUCAAGCUUCUGGAGAUGGACGCGAGGCACCGGAUCCUGCAGCCUGGCCUCCGGGUGUUAGACUGCGGGGCGGCCCCCGGCGCCUGGAGCCAGGUGGCGGUGCAGAGGGUCAACGCCGCGGGCGCAGAUCCCAGCAGUCCCGUGGGCUUUGUGCUCGGGGUCGAUCUUCUUCACAUCGCACCCCUGGGAGGGGCGACCUUCUUGUGCCCCGCGGACGUGACUGACCCCGAGACCUGGCAGAGAGUCCGAGAACUGCUUCCUGGCGGGAGAGCUGACGUGAUUCUGAGUGACAUGGCCCCCAACGCCACCGGGAUCCGGGGCCUGGACCACGACCGGCUCAUUGGCCUGUGCCUGUCGCUCCUGGACGUGGCUCCCCACGUGCUGUGUCCCGGGGGGACGUUCCUCUGUAAGACCUGGGCUGGAAGUCUAAGCCACCGGUUACAGAAGCGACUGACCGAGGAAUUCCAGGGCAUGAGGACCCUGAAGCCAGAAGCCAGCAGGAAGGAGUCCUCGGAGGUGUACCUCCUGGCCACACAGUACCGCCGCGCCGCGGGGCCUGGGCGGGCCUGA